AUGCCUGUCAAUCCUCCUCCCCCGCCGCCUCCUGGGUCGUCGUCGUCGGCUCCGGCGGGGGCCAGCUACUUCCCGCUCCCUUUCCACCUGCAGCAGCACCAGCCGCCGCCGCAAAUGCCGCCGCCUAUGGCGGCGAGCAGCUACCAGCAGUACCAGCAACAUCUGCAUCAGGCGCAUCAGCUCUUCCAGCGGGACGCGCAGACCAUCACCCCCGAGGCGCUGCAGAGCGUCAAGGCUGCCCUCGCCACCAGCGACGUCCUCGACCCCGCCGCCGCCGCCAACGCCAGGCCCUCCGAUCCCUCUACCAGCAAGAAGCCCAUCCCCCGCCGCGCUGCCGGACAAUCCUGGGAGGAUCCUACCCUCACUGACUGGCCCGAAAACGACUACCGGCUGUUCUGUGGAGAUCUAGGCAACGAAGUUAAUGAUGAUGUUCUCUCCAAAGCAUUCUCACGGUUUCCAUCCUUCAACAUGGCAAGGGUUGUUAGAGAUAAGAGGACUGGCAAAACUAAAGGUUAUGGAUUUGUAAGCUUUUCAAACCCUACUGACCUGGCUGCAGCAAUAAAAGAGAUGAAUGGAAAGUAUGUUGGGAACCGCCCUAUUAAAUUGCGUAAGAGUAACUGGAAGGAGAGGACAGAUGUUGAGGCUCUGGAAAGACAAAAGAAUCAUGUCCAAAGGAAGCCUAAAAUUCCCAAGAAGAGUAUUCUUCACAAGUAG